CCGCUGUAACUGUUUUUCUUCUUCCUGCAAACUCUAUCAGUUCAGUUCCUUACUCUCACUACUUCCAUGGCGAGCUUCAGCUUCAACACCACCAGAAUCAGAACCCCCACCCUUCACUCUCACAAACCCAUCUCCAAAUUCAUCUCCCGCGUAAACCCCAUCAAAAUCCCAUCUCCUCUCUUCACCAAUCCCUCAAAACCCCGGCCAAAACUCCGCUGUUUCCGACCCAAUUCCGUCUCGGAAAGCUCUGUUUCCACGACACAAGAAGCAGAGGAGGAGGAAUUCGAUGAAUUGGACGAUGACCCGACGGCGGAGCUGAGCUACCUCGACCCAGAAACCGACCCGGAGAGCAUUUCGGAGUGGGAGCUGGAUUUCUGCUCGAGGCCGAUUUUGGAUAUCAGGGGGAAGAAGGUGUGGGAGCUGGUAGUGUGUGACGAAUCGCUGUCUCUGCAGUUUACAAAGUAUUUUCCGAACAAUGUUAUCAACAGCAUUACUUUGAAGGAUGCUAUUGUGUCCAUUAGUGACGAAUUAGGCGUCCCUCUGCCGGAUAAAAUCCGCUACUUCAGGUCACAGAUGCAGACAAUUAUCACAAAGGCAUGUAACGAGCUUGGUAUAAAGCCGAUUCCCAGUAAACGGUGCCUAUCGCUGCUUUUGUGGUUGGAAGAACGCUACGAGACAGUAUACACACGCCAUCCUGGUUUCCAGAAAGGAUCUAAGCCGCUCCUGGCAUUGGAUAACCCUUUCCCAAUGGAACUUCCGGAAAAUCUUGUUGGCGAGAAAUGGGCCUUUGUUCAGUUGCCCUUUUCAGCUGUUCAAGAGGAAAUCUCAUCCUUAGACACGAACCUCGUGUUUGGCGCAAGUCUAGAUCUGGAUUUGUUGGGGAUUGAAAUUGACGAGAAGACAUUGAUUCCAGGAUUGGCUGUUGCAUCUUCACGUGCAAAACCGCUAGCAGCUUGGAUGAAUGGGUUGGAAGUUUGCUCUAUUGAAGUCGAUUUGUCACGGGCACGCUUGCUACUUUCUGUCGGGAUCUCUGGCCGAUAUAUUUACGCCACCUACAAUAAAACUCCUGAAACAAGAAGUGAAGCCGAAGCUUGGGAAGCAGCAAAGAAGGAUUGUGGAGGCUUGCACUUCCUUGCAAUCCAGGGGGACUUGGACGGUGAUGAUUGUGUCGGAUUUUGGCUUCUGCUGGACUUGCCACCUCCACCUGUAUAGUUUAAUCUGUCGAAAGGUUUUCGAAAGAAAUCACUCUCACGUUAGUUUCUUAGUUACAUUACUUCAUCUUCAUACUUCAUAGUUGAGAAAUGAUUGCGAAUACUGCUUUGGAACGGAGUUUCUUGUUGAAAAUUUGUACUGUUUAUCAAACUCGCUAUCCGGUAAA